UUCUCAUGUGAUAUCAAAUGUCACUUGCCGUAUUAGGCAUUUCCAAAYACCACAAUAUAUUGACUCAACGGUCAAUCUGGUAUUUUGACAGAAAAAAAACUGAAACAGGAAGUAUUCGUGUAGCCAGCUGAUGGUAAUUGUAGUUGAAUGAGCAGAGCUCACUGUGGCAGUGAAAGACGGACGCGCUGAGACAGAGAGAGCAAUUCGCCGUGGAACUGUUUUCAUUUAAAACUAUUUAUGCCACGACAAGAGAAAUAGCUUACACUGACAGAAAGCAUAGGAAUAUAGUGGACUGGAGAAGCACACUCCUGGUCCUUUAAAAAAAAUCUUUAAUAAAAGUGUCAAUCCAAGCGACCCGAUAGCUUUCACACAAGGGCGUGUGUGGGUCUCGGGGAGCACUGGCUCGCUUUUUAUACCUUGCAUGUUGUUACUGUAUAUAUUUGAUAUUUUUGCAUCACUUGGGUCCGGAGGAUUUGCUUGAGGAUGGGGUGUACCCUGAGCACGGACGAUAAGGCGGCGGUGGAGCGCAGUAAAAUGAUCGACAGGAAUUUGCGGGACGACGGGGAGAAAGCCGCAAGAGAGGUCAAGCUACUGCUCCUCGGUGCUGGUGAGUCGGGGAAGAGCACAAUAGUCAAGCAGAUGAAUGGCCAAUGGCCAAUAAAGUUGUUUGUCUUGUGUGCGACAUGCCUGGAAACAUACUCCGUUUACAUUGUCUGGUGCAUUAUCCACCACUUCCUCCUCAGGAUGUUUGAUGUUGGAGGUCAGAGGUCAGAGAGGAAGAAGUGGAUCCACUGCUUCGAGGGUGUCACUGCCAUCAUCUUCUGUGUGGCGCUCAGCGACUAUGACCUGGUGCUGGCUGAGGAUGAGGAGAUGAACCGUAUGCAUGAGAGCAUGAAGCUGUUUGACUCCAUCUGCAACAACAAGUGGUUCACAGACACCUCCAUCAUCCUCUUCCUCAACAAGAAAGACCUGUUUGAGGAGAAGAUCAAGAAGAGUCCUCUAACUAUCUGUUACCCAGAAUACGCAGGUACAGUAACACAGCCAACCAGCCAUGGUAGACUGUCUAUUGAAUGAUAGGUGAUAAAUGUG